CGGUAUUUUUAGUUUCGGAGAAUAAAUAGUCGUGUCAACAACACAAUAAAUUACAAAAUUAAAAACUAUUCUUAACUACAGCUAACAAAUCUAAAAAAUACAUACAUAUAUGUAUAUAAUCGAUUAAAGUGCAAUUUAUAGUGCAAAUAAAAUAAAAAUGAUACCAAAAUAGAAUUCUUUUUUUCAACGCAAAUUCUUUUCUACGUAUUGUGAUUUGUUUUCGUAUAAGAAAAAUAAAACUCUCCAAAUUUUCACUACUCCCCUUUGUACCACUCUUGUUUAGAGAAUAUCAAAACGAAAAUGGAGGGUUGUUUUUAAAGAGCUCACAAAAUAAUAAAAGAACAAAAGACGAACAAAAAAAAAAAUACCUUCAAAUGACAGACAUUUGGUAACCAUACUCCAAUAAGGAAAAAAAGAAAGAAAUAACAGUAAAAAGAAAAUCCAUGAAAAUUUGUAAUAUUUUUAAAAUAAAGUUAAAAUUUAUAAAAAUUCACAAUCAAAAGAAAAACGCAUAGAAAUAGUUUGUUUUUAGUUAUUGGUCAUGUCGUUGGAGGAUCCCUUCUUUGUGGUGAAAGAUGAAGUUUUUAAAGCUUUGAAUAAGACCAGAGGUCUAUAUUUACGUUGGCGUGAACUCGGUGAAAAUUGUAAUAGUGCUGAAGCUGAAUGGACCACAAAUGAAUUGAGGAAUUCAUUACGUAGUAUUGAAUGGGACUUGGAAGAUUUAGAAGAUACAAUUAGUAUAGUUGAGAAAAAUCCAAAUAAAUUUCGUAUCGAUAAUAGAGAAUUAUCUAGUCGUCGGCAUUUCAUCGACAACACUCGCGAUGAAGUCAAACAGAUGAAAGAGAAAAUGAGCCUGAAUCGUGCUCGAGACAGGGAUAUAACGGCACAUCAACCUCUUCUGGAUGAACACAAUAAACAGCAGCAACACGAAAACAACUUAGAAAACGACCACAAUUCAACGAAUACUCAUAAUUAUAAUCAUCAGCAUCACAAUCUAAGCGAUCGUACACAUUUAGUCGAUUGUUCAAAUUUAACAUCGCACUCAUUGUUAAACGGUGGUGCGAAUAACGGCGGAAACGGUAGUAGCGGAGGUGGUGGUAAUAGCGUAGCAAGUACAUUAGCAGGCACAAUGGCAGCGGUACGUCACAGUGGAGCGAAAUAUUCCAAAUUGGAAAAUUCCCUCGACAGUCCGGGUCAUUAUAAUUUUUUGGAUAGUCCGUCGCAUAGGUUUGUGGGUGAGACGGUGUCGGUGCAGCAGCGCAUGAUACAGGGACAAGAUGAGCAACUGGAUAUGAUAAGUGAUUCGAUAGGAACUUUGAAGACUGUAUCACGUCAAAUAGGUGUAGAAUUAGAUGAACAAGCUGUAAUGUUGGAUGAUUUUGGUAAUGAAUUUGAAACAACUGAAUCAAAAUUAGAUUCCACUAUGAAGAAAAUGGCCAAAGUUUUACAUAUGAAUAAUGACAAACGUCAAUGGGCUGCUAUUUUAAUUCUGUCAACGGUUUUAUUAAUUGUGAUAAUUUUAUUUAUUAUUUUGUAAAUUAUUUUUAAAUUCAAACUCAAAGCAAAUUAUUUUCCUUUUAUCUUCGGUUCGCUUACGUUAAACAGACAAUUAUGAAUAGUUUUUAAUUUCUAACUAAAUAAUGAAUAAUUUUGCUAAAUAUAAGAAAA